AUGUUUUCACGUACAAAAGUAGCAGCAACAGCAACAAAAGGAUCGACUGUGCAGAAAGAACAGCGGCUUACGAUUUCGGGUCGAACAGAAGCUAUAGCAUCGUUUGGUCAACAAAGAAUUUGGUUUCAUGAACAGUUAUACUUUCAUGGUUCCGAUCUAUCUGUCUACAAUAUUGUAGUUCCAUUAAUCAUCAAACAAGGUUCACUCUCAAUCGAACGUAUACGCUCGGCCUUACGUUCAGUAAUUGAAGAGCAUACGGUUCUCCGUACUGCUGUUCGUUUUAAUCCAGGAACUAAUCAGAUUGAACAAUACAUUCAACCUGUUGCUGAUGAUAUUUACUUAUUCCAACAUUCACGAAGAAUAUCAACAGCGGAACAACUGGAUGGUCUACUAACGGAUGAAUCCAUUAGGAAACACUUUGAUGUAGAGAACGGAAGAGUGGUAAAAUGCCAUCUAGUGGAGCGAGGUGAUGAAAAUCAUGAUCAUUUAUUGCAUGAAAAUGACCUCAUUGUUUAUACUAUCCAUCACAUAGCAUUUGAUCUCACCUCAAGCAAAUCAUUCGUUAAAGCAUUUGAGCGCGCAUGCUGGAUUGACGCGCCUCAUCAGUCAACAUUAUUGAUUCAACAAUAUAUAGACUUUGCUCUGUACGAACAGGCAAUGCUAGCUGAUACAAAUCCCAAUUCAAGAAUGAACAAGGCACGUCGAUUUUGGUCCGAUCUUAUGCAUGGUUAUGAUUGGAAUCGAAUACGAAACUUGGCGUCUAACGAAAUUAAACAUGAUCAGACUCGUUCUGGUCGUGGUUAUUCGACUGUAUUUGUCUUGGAUCAACGAGUUGUCGAUGCCAUGAUGAUGUUUGCUUCAUCUAAUAACAUUACGAUGUUUUCGCUGGCAUUUGCCUCCUUUUAUGCGUUCUUAUUCAAGUUACUCAAUAAUGAAGAGGACUUAUGCGUAGCAAGUGUUGUAGCUAAUCGUUUUAAUCAAGAAACAAAAGAAAUGAUCGGCAUGUUUGUUAAUAUUCUACCAUAUCGAAUACAAGUUGAGCCAAAUAAAUCAUUUAAUCAUGUCGUGCAAAAAGUGCAGCAACUAAGUACUGAUAUUCUGGAACAUGCGUCUCUACCAUACCAAGAGAUCAGUGGUCUUCACGACAAACAAAAACAUCAGCGAUUACCAUCGACAUUCUUUCAAUAUGACUCUUUAAUGUCAUCUGUGACACAAAAAUCUACAAUGGAAUUAACUGUAGAUAAAGAUUCAGUUAUUGGUGCAUAUUAUGAUCGAGAUCGAAGUCGCGGUAAUGGAUUAGCUAUAUUCGAUAUGGCUGUUACAAUAGCGCAUGAGCAUCAUGCACGAACUACAGAAUGUGUUAUUGAUUGUGCAGUUGAAAUAUUUCAAAGUCAAGCUAUUGUUAAUGAACUUGCAAUCCGCUUUCAACAUAUGCUUGCACAACUCUUUUGUUCUUCCAUGGUCGAUGAACCUAUGUAUAAGCUAUCCAUUGUUCUUUCAAAUGAUGAAAAUCUUAUUCAUCAACUCGACAAUAAACAUAUUGCUUCGUCCAACUCAUGCACAUCUACCACUCAGGAAUGCUCAACUAUCGAAAAUCAAAUGUCAAUGAUUGAUGCAAGUUUAUUUUGGUUUGAUAUUCUUCGUGACUGUAAACUUGAUCAAUCAUUAUCAUUACCAUUCGAUCGACAUCGUCUUAUGAAUGAACAUCGAAAUGGUCAUACCAUAUCUGUCUCUUUUGAUUUUGGUCAAGAUCUCUCUCAUCAUUUUCUUACCUAUGCAUCAUCAAACAAUAUCAAACAUGAACAUCUAGCUCUUGCGAUUUACUAUGUUUAUUUGUUCAAAUUAACAAAUAGUGAGAAAGAUUUAUGUAUUUCAAUGAAUAUCGACAAUAGUUAUCGAGAUGAACUAAAAUCUAUAACUGGACUGCUUGAGAAUACUAUUCCAUUACGAUGUCAAUUAGAUCCUCACUGGUGUUUCCAUCAAUUACUCGAAUAUGUUCAAGAGAUAACAACGAAUAGUAUGAAAUAUUCUUAUUUUCCUCUUCAACGUAUUCUCGAUCAACACCCAAAUGUUUCAAAACCAGCAUUUCUUGAUAUAUCAUUUCAAUUUCUAUCAUCUAUGAUAGGAAGUGACAAUAAACAAAUAACGAUUGGUGAUAGCCAACUUUCUUCCAUAUCUUCCACAAUGAACAUUAAUGAUAAUGAAGUUAGAAAUAAGUAUGAUUUCUCACUUUUAAUUCAACAUGAUCUCGACAUCAAUCAACUGUCAUGCACAAUCAAUGCAUCACUUGAUUUAUUCAAUGUAGAAACAAUUGAUAAGAUAUCUCAACGAUUUCAUUCAAUCUCAAAUCAAUUACUUUCAUCUAUUGAUGAUCAAAGAAACAAACCUAUCCAUGAACUCUCAAUAAUAUUAUCAAAUGAACAAUAUCUAAUGCAAUCAAUGAAUAAUACACAAGUACCAUUUCCAUCUUCUGCCGCUUGUAUUCAUCAUGAAUUUGUAAGACAAGUAAUGAAACAUCCACAAAAACUAGCUGUUGAACUAGAUGAACAAUCAUUAACAUAUUGUGAACUCUUGUAUUAUGUUCAAGUAUUAUCUUUAACUCUUCUUAGUGAAUAUCUUAUCACUCCCGGUAAAAUCAUUUGUCAAUGUGUAGAGCGGAGUUUGUCAAUGGUAAUUGGUGUUAUGGCAAUUGAGAUGGCUGGUGGUAUUUAUUGUCCAUUAUCACCUCGAGAUCCAAAACAUCGUUUGCAAGCUCUUAUACAACAAACACAAAGUCCUUUUGUUCUUGUUGAUGAGUUAACUAAGGCCAAACUCGAUGGUAAUAUUGUUUCACUUAGUAUUGAUUCAGUAUUAAUGAGCCAUGUCACUGAAUGUGCUAUUGAUGUGACUCGGCUAUCGAAAGUUACAACAGUUUCAGACGAUGUCGCGUACAUUAUUUUUACAAGUGGUUCUACUGGAACACCAAAAGCAGCUCAGACAAGGCAUCGAAACUUUACAAAUUUCGUGCAUUCUAUACAAAAUGCUGGCGUAUUAAACGAGCAAGAUAUAGUGUUACAAAUAUGUGCUCCGACAUACGAUGUACAUGCCAUGGAAAUCAUGGGUAGUUUACUUUUGUGUGCGACUGUUGUGAUGUUACAUCCAUACGGCAAUAUGGAUUUUGAAUAUUUUGCUCACACACUGCAACGUAAACAGAUCACAUGUCUUGCACCUGUUCCAACUUUCUUAAAUCAUUUAUGUGAUUUUCUUGCACACUCCAAUCACUAUCAUUUAUCAUCUGUGCGAUCACUUUGUAUUGGUGGUGAGCCAUUUUCACUAAAACUCGUUCAUCGCCUCAGAAGCCAUAUUAAAAGUAAGUAUUUCAUGCACAAUAUAUACGCACCGGCUGAAUGUACCAUUGUAUCGAUAUAUCAUCGUGUUGACACCAUAUCUGUUGAAAAUAACAUUCCUCUUGGUAGAGUUUUGGCUAACGAACAAUACAAGAUUCUAGAUAGUUUUUUGCAGUUUACAGUUAUCCGAGAAGAAGGCGAAUUGUUUAUAGGUGGAGUGGGUGUAUUUGCUGGUUAUCUUGACCGGGAUGAUUUAACAGCAAGAGCUCUCAUUGAAAUAGAUGGUGAAAUAUGUUAUCGAACAGGUGAUCUUGUUAAAAUGGAUAACAAUGGGUUAAUUCAUUAUCAAGGACGAAAAGAUCAUCAGAUCAAACUUCACGGACAACGAAUUGAACUUGGUGAAAUCGAGCGAUGUUUACUUAAUAUCACAUCCAUAUCUGCUUGUGCUGUCGUAAAAUGGAAUGAUGAUUAUUUAGUUGCUUGUGUUCAAUCAUCUAAUAUCAAUAAAGAACAACUACAUCAACAUUGUCAAUCUCAUCUUCCACCACAUAUGAUACCAUCCAUGUUUAUUAUUCUUGAUAAGCUACCUUUAAAUGCUAAUGGAAAAGUAGAUCGAAAGGCUUUACCAAUACAAACAACUUUGUUUCAUUCGCCUGACACGAUCCAUCAUCAACAUAUAGAACCAAGCAAUGAACUUGAAAUCUAUAUUCAUUCAUUGUGUAUCGGUGGUCAUUCUCUCUUACUUACUCAAUUAUAUCAUAAUUACAAGAUGGCACUCAACAUUGAUACAACUAGGAUCAGUAUUUCUGCACUCUUUCAACAUACCACUAUUGCUGAUCAUGCUCGUCUUAUUCAUCAGUCAAUAGAGAAUCCAGAAAUAUAUCAAAAACUUUUGUCUACUGUACAUAAUAUGCAAGAAACAUCUAUUCGAAAACAUGCACGUUCGAUCUCUCAAGAGAAUAUCAUACUUGUCGCAGAUGAAUUGACAAGAUACGAACCAUUUCCUGUUACAGAUAUUCAACAAGCAUAUCUAGUUGGACGUGAAGGCGUCUUUGAACUUGGUCAUGUUUCUGCUUUUGCCUAUAGGGAAUAUGAUUUUUCGUCAACGUUUGACAUCGAAUGCUUCGAACAAGCAUUGAAUUAUGUAAUCCAAAGGCAUGAAGUAUUGCGUCUUAUCUUUCCGUCUCAUACUGAACAGAAAAUUCUUAAAACAGUUCCUUAUUAUACUAUAUCUAUACUUAACUUAGAUGAUGUUCAAUUUUCCCAAAAACAUCUGAUAGAACGACGAGAACAAUUAUCACAUCAGACUCGACCAGCUGAUCAAUGGCCGUUAUUUGAUUUUCAAAUAACUCGUUUUAUUAGUGAUGACGGUUGUAACAUACGUUUGCAUUUUGGUUUCGAUGCACUCAUCUUGGAUUUUUGGAGCACAAAUUUAGUUUUACAUGAAUUAAAUCAGUUGUAUUGUAACUUGCAUGAUAUCUUGGUAGAACUAAAACUAUCUUAUCGAGAUUACAUUCUGGCAGAACAACAAUGGAAGCACACCACCAUUUAUAGUAAUGAUCGACAAUAUCGGAUAAAUCGCCUAAAAUCAUUUCCAUUAGGCCCAAAUUUGCCAUUACAGUGUUUGCCAAACGAGAUACAUGUACAACGUCAUUGUAAUAUACAAACAGUAUUAGAUCAAUCAUUAUGGCAAAAAUUAAGAGAACGUAUUAUCGAUCACAGGUUGACACCAGCCGGUUUCUUAGCAUCAAUCUAUGCCUUAGUAUUGGGUAAAUGGAGUGAAAAUAAACAUUUCGCUUUGAAUCUACCAGUUUUCAAUCGAUUACCUAUUCAUCCACAAGUUAAUCAAAUAGUAGGAGAUUUUACGUCCGUUAUACCAUUAGAAAUUAAUUUGGAAAAGGUAAUCACUUAUUACGAAUUUCUUUCUACUGUGCAGAAACAAUUAUGGAACGAUCUUGAACAUAUAUCUUAUGAUGGUGUGUCAUUUAUACGUGACUUAAUGCAGGUACAUCAGACAAGAGAAAUUCUUUUACCAUAUGUUUUCACCUGUGGUGUAGAUGUUGAAGAUAUUCGUGAGAAAAAUGUUGAACACAGUAUAUUUUUUGAUCAAGUACCGGUUUAUUGGAUUAGUCAAACACCACAAGUGUUUAUUGAUCAUGUAGUAGUGGAAAUUGAUGGUUGUUUAUCAAUAAAUUGGACAUAUGUAGACAAUUUAUUUCGAAAGGAAAUGCUCUCUCAUAUUCAAGAUACAUUUGUUGAUUUACUUGUCAAACUGGCUUCAUUUGAUGACAUGUGGCAAAAGCCCAUAUUCGUCUCUUUACCCUCAGAACAACAAGAACGACGAUUAGAUUUCAAUCAAGCACAAUGGGAAUCAAACGUUAAAGAUAAAUUACUUCAUUCACUUGUCAUUAAACAAGCUGAAUUAACACCUAGUGAAUUAGCUAUUGUCUCUUCUCAAGUAAAUUUAACAUAUGGACAACUAAUGAGUCGUGUCUAUUCAUUAGCAUAUCAUCUACAACAACAACAUGAAAGAAAUUCCAAUCAACUCAUUGCUAUUCUAAUGACAAAAGGAUGGGAACAAGUAGUCGCUUGCUUAGCUAUUUUAGUUUUAGGUGGUGCUUAUUUACCUUUGGAUGUUGAUUCACCAUAUGAUCGUAUUUGUUCAAUAAUCGAAGAAACUAAUGUCGCAAUUCUUCUUACACAAUCUCAUUGCAAACAUGCAUUUCCACAUCUAACAACUAUUUCAGUUGAUACAUUCACAAAUGAUGAUAAUUAUCCAAGACCAUUUCCUAUCAAACAACAAUCAACAACUGAUUUAGCUUAUAUUAUUUAUACAUCUGGUUCAACUGGAAAACCAAAAGGUGUUAUGAUUAGUCAUCAAGCUGUUGUAAAUACUAUUUUAGAUAUGAAUUCAAGAUUAGAAAUCUCAACUAAUGAUAGAAUAUUUGCAUUAUCACAUUUAAAUUUUGAUUUAUCUGUUUAUGAUAUAUUUGGAAUGUUGAUUGGUGGCGGAACUAUAAUAAUUCCAAAUCAUGAAGAUUAUAAGAAUCCUCAACAUUGGUAUGAUAUGAUAAUUAAACAUCAUGUCACUAUUUGGAAUAGUGUUCCAAUGUUAAUGCAAAUAUUUGUUGAACAUCUCAAACAUACGAAUAAUAAUCAGAAUCAAUUACGACAUAUCUUAUUAAGUGGUGAUUGGAUACCAUUAUCUUUACCUGAAUCAAUACAAACAACAUUUGGUCAACAAGUAACAAUAACUAGUUUAGGUGGUGCAACAGAAGCAUCUAUUUGGUCAAUUGCCUAUACUCUACCAAAAGAAAUACCACAAGAAUGGAAAUCAAUUCCGUAUGGAAUACCAUUAAGAAAUCAACAAUAUUAUGUUUAUGAUAUACAUCUCGAUGAUUGUCCUGAAUGGGUUAUUGGUGAAUUAUAUAUUGGUGGUGGAGCUUUAGCUAAUGGUUAUUGGAAUGAUCAAGAAAAAACACAAUCAAGUUUUAUUAUUCAUCCACUAACUAAUAAACGUCUUUAUAGAACAGGUGAUUAUGGUCGAUUUCUACCAGAUGGAUAUAUUGAAUUUAUGGGACGAAAAGAUUUUCAAGUAAAAGUACAUGGUCAUCGUAUUGAACUUGGUGAAAUUGAACAUCAUUUACAGCAACAUCCAGAUAUUCAUCAAGCAAUUGUUAAUAUUGAUGACAAAUCCCAACAGUUAAUUGGAUAUGUUAUGCCAGAAAAACAUUCUAUUCAGAAUGAAGAAUAUGAUUCAACAGAGAUGUUAAUCGCUGAUCCAAUUGAACGUAUCAAUUUUAAACUUGCAAGACAUAGUAUAAGACAUCAAAAGAAGGUAGAAAAGAGCUUUACUCUAACAAAACCAAAGCUUACGGAAACAUUAAUCAAUACAUAUUAUAUGAGAAAAUGCUAUCGACAAUUUACAAAUGAAACUAUUGAAAGAUCUACUAUCGAAAAAUUGUUAAAAAAUGGUCACAAUAGCAAUAAUAAUGAGAAAAUAUCUUUAUCUCAUCUCGAUUCUGAUAUUCUUAGUCAACUAUUAGUAGUAUUAACACCGAUCAGUAUUUCUGGACAACCUUUACCAAAAUAUCGUUAUGCAUCAGCUGGUAGUCUUUAUCCAGUACAGGUAUAUGUUGAAUUACCAACAUCUAUAGAUAAUAUUUCGCCUGGUGUUUACUACCAUAAUCCAGAUGAACAUACUCUAGAGCUAAUUAGUACUCAUAUUAAUAAUGACAUGAUGGAUAUGACAUUACAUCUUGUUGGACGAUCAUCAGCAAUUGCACCGCUAUAUGGUAAAAGAUUGGGUUCCCAAUUUUGUAUACUAGAAACAGGAUAUAUUAUGGGAUUAUUGGAAAAAGAAGGGUCACGAUUGGGAUUGACAUUUUCAACAAAUAUUCAUAAUGAAUCUAUAACUCGUGAUAUUUUGAAUAUAGAUGAGAAUGACACUCAUUGUUGUUUCAAAAUUUCAUCAUUUGAGCAACAUAAUUCUAGUAAUGUGCAAAAUGACAAUCAUCAAUGUAUUAUUUAUCUAAAAUCGGUUAACAAUAACAAAGACCAAUGGUUUAUUUAUAAUAAAGAAAAUAAUAUUGUUACACCUUUUGAUGUCGAAACUGAAACUACACAAAAGGAAAUAUCACUGUUCUUUGAUGAUGACAAUGAUGCAAAGAUUAUAUUUCAUGAUUGUCAAUGUGCAAUCUUCUUCAUCGGACAAUCAGAAUCCACAAUGAAUAUAGGAAAGAUGUCACAUUUAUUAAUGGAUGAUUGUUUAGAAAUGAAUAUUGGUAUGUGCCCGAUUGGCACUCGUACGAGUUUUUCAAAACAAAUUAAUGAUGUGUUAGAUACUAUUCUUACUCAUGAGAAACUAAAUGGAAGUAACAUAUUACAUACAUUACUUAUUGGAAAGAUUAGUAAUAAGCAAAAAAGUGAACGUACUAUUUCAAACAUAAAAUCAAUGGAAAACUGGAAUGAAAAAUUACGAAUAUAUCUAAAGAAAAAGCUUCCAGUGUUUAUGGUACCAUCACAUUUUAUAAAUGUUUCAUCGUUUCCAUUAAAUCCAAAUGGUAAAAUUGAUCGAAAAGGUUUGCCACAAAUAUCACUAUCAGUACUUCAACAAGAAGAUACUUAUAAGGCACCAAAUACUGAAUUAGAAAAGACGAUCGCGAAUAUUUGGCAAGAGAUAUUAUACACAAAUCGCCUUAUUAUACAACAUGAUGAUCGGAAAUCGAAUAAACUGCCGUCCAUUGCAAACGUCUCUGGUAUAGACAGUCAAAAAUCUUUUCUUAUAUCUAAUACGGCUAGUUUCUUCAGCGUUGGCGGCAAUUCUCUUUUACUUCUUAAGAUCUAUCAAUAUUAUCAGUCAAAAUAUAAUUUUGAAACAGAAGCAUUAAGUAUUCGGCCAUUCUUUGAAUAUAACACCAUAGUAGAACACGCAAAACUACUUGAAACAAUCAUCAUCGAUGGUGCACAACUGAAACAAUGGCAUACGCUGAAUAUUAAUGAAGGCAUCGCGUCGUAUGUUCAAGAACGCAUAUUUCUUGAUGAACAAGUUCGUUUCUGUGAACAAACUGCCAUUUACAAUCAGCUGAUUAUUCUAAGAGUUACAAAUGGCUUAUUAUCAGUGAAUCGUUUAUUGCACGCUGUUCGCUAUGUUCUAAGCAAACAUAAGACAUUAAGAACUUCUCUAGUUUUCAAUGCUGAGGAUAGUAUUUUAAAACAAUCUAUCACUGAUAAACAUUUAACAUUUACAUUGGCUGCCGAGCAAACAUUCAAAAGUGAAACUGAAUUUCACAACAUUAUUUCACAAAUAAAUACUAAUCCUAAUUUGUUCGAUUUAUCAAGCGGUCGUGUUUUUUAUUGUCAAAUUCUCAGACAACAGAUGACACCAGACGAAAAUUAUGAUAAAGAAAUGAUUACAAAUUCUGACGUUCUCGUUAUCGCCUUUCAUCAUGUUGCAACUGAUCAAUCAAGUGACUCAAUUUUUUUAAAUGAUUUAUGUAAUACUUACAAUAGUCAUAUGACGUGGUUAGAUGAUGAAGAAUCAUUACAAUAUAUUGAUUAUAGCGUGCAUGAGCGUUUGAUUGAUAUGACAUCAUCACGUGAGUUUUGGCAUUCUCAAUUAAAUGGAUACAAUCAAGAAUGUCGAUUGUCACUACCAGUUGAUCAACAUUGCUUAUAUAGUAAUCAACGAUCUGGAUAUGCUUCCAUUGCUCAUAUCUCAUUUGAUAAUAAGACUGCGGCAUCAUUUCUCGAUUAUGCAUCUUCACAUCAAGUCACACCAUUUCAGCUAGGUCUGGCUACACUCUUUGCAUUUCUUUUCAAAUUAACAUAUAGACAGAAUGAUUUGUGUAUUUCCUGUUUCAAUGCCAAUCGAUACAAACCUGAAUCACAGAAUAUGAUUGGAAUGUUUGUUUCAACAUUACCAUAUCGUAUGCAACUUGGCCCUCAAUGGCCAUUUGAUGAAGUAGUUAAAUAUGUACAAGAAAAAUGUUUAUCAAUUCUUCAACAUUCUCAUUAUCCACUUCAACAUGUUCUUCGUGAUUUUCAUCUUAAUCAAUCGACUGUUCCUUUUCUUCAAACAGUUUUUGAUUUCAAUACUGAAUCUUCAGUUAACGAUCAGUUUACUUUCGAUGAUGUUAUUUUACAGCCAGUAUCAUUACAACAGUCUUCAGAAGUGGCUAAAUUUGAUUUUACGUCGAGAUUUGUUUACAAUCCAAUCUCAGAUGACAACAUAUUAUCAUGUAGUUUUAUUUGCUCACUUGAUCUGUUUGAAGAUACGACAGUUACAAAAAUGCUACAAAGAUUUCAAUAUCUUUUUGAACAACUUUUUUCAUUGGAUAUCAACGUUAAUCAGACUGGUUUAAUUGUUUUACCUAUUGCCAAACUUACUCUUAUCUUACCAGAUGAAGUGAAUGAAAUGCAACAAAUAGCUUUUUACCGUCAAUCAAAUGUGGUGAAUGAAGCACCAGCAUCAUUUGCACAAGCUCGUAUAUGGCUUGACGAAAGAAUUCGAUUCGAUCUAGACAAACCACAAAUAGCAAUCUAUAAUAAGCCUUUUGUUUAUCGUCUGCAACCAGGUCAUACUUUAUCGAUGAAACAACUUCGUCUUGCUCUUCAUCUCGCUGUUAAUAAACAUCCCUCACUUCACACAUUACUUCAUUUUGACAUCCAAAAGAAUUUACUUGUGCAACGAGUUAUUACUCAUGAAGAUAGAAAUAGUAAUAAUAAUAUGUUGUCAAUCAACGAAACUAUUUAUGAAACAGAGGAACAACUUAAUAAGAUCUUACACGAUGAGAAAUCUAAUCCUCAUCUUUUUGAUCUUGAUCAAGGUCUUGUGUUUCGAUGUCAUAUUAUUUAUUACAAACAAAUCUCUUCACAUGAUCUACUUUCUCACAAAGAUCUACUUAUCUUUAACUUUCAUCAUGCUUUAUUUGAUUUUCCAUCAAUGAAAAUAUUUCAUCAUGAUCUCAAUCAAGCAUAUACAACAGGUCAAUUAUUAUAUGAUGAUAACACUAAUCUUCGUUAUCUCGAUUAUGCUGUUCUUGAACAACAAAUGUCAAUGACUGGUGCAAGUAUGUUUUGGCUUGAUGCUCUUCACGAUUGUAAACUUGAUCAACCUUUAUCAUUGCCAUUUGACCGAUAUCGUCUCUCAGAUGAACAUCGAACUGGUCGUGGAAUAUCUAUUUCUUUUGAUUUUGGUCAAGAUCUCUCACAUGCCUUUCUUACUCACGCAUCAUCAACUAAUAUAUCACUUGAACAUCUCACAUUUGCUAUUUAUUUCAUCUUUCUAUUUCAACUAACUAAUGGACAAACAGAUCUAUGUCUGGCUAUGAACAUCAAUAAUAAUCGAUACAGAGAUGAACUAAAAUCAAUCAUUGGUCUGUUUGAGAAUGUCAUUCCAUUACGAUGUCAAUCAGACUCUCAUUGGUGUUUUCAUCAAUUAAUCAGACAUGUUGGAGAGUUAACAACAAAUAGUAUGAAAUAUUCAUAUUUUCCACUUCAACGUAUUCUUGAUCAACACCCACAUAUUUCAAAAAAUGCAUUUUUGGAUACAUCUCUGGAAUUUAUAUCAUACAAGAAUAAUAAUGCAAUGAUGAUUGGUGAUUCUCAACUUGUUUCAGACUCUUUCUCAUUCAAUAUUACUGAAGGUGAGAUACUGAGUGCAUGCGACUUUUCUCUUUCUAUUUAUCAUAAUAUGAAUACCAAUCAACUAUCAUGUACAAUCAAUGCAUCACUUGACUUGUUCAAUAGAGACACCGUGGAGAAGAUUUCACAACGAUUUCAUUCCAUGUUACAUCAAUUCUCUGCAUGUAUGAUUGAUAAUCAAAUAAACAAACCUAUCUAUGAAUUAUCAUUAAUAUUAUCAAAUGAACGAUAUCUGAUGCAAUCAUUGAAUAAUACUCAAAUAUCAUUUCCAUCUCCUCAUACUUGUAUUCAUCAUGAAUUUGUAAGUCAAGUAAUGCAACAUCCACAAAAACUAGCUGUUGAACUAGAUGAACAAUCUUUGACAUAUGCUGAACUUCUAUAUUAUGUUCAAGUAUUGUCUCUAACUCUUCUUAAUGAAUAUUAUGUGUUUCCAGGUGAGAUUGUGUGUCAAUGUGUUGAGCGAAGUUUGUCAAUGGUGAUUGGUAUAAUGUCAAUUGAGAUGGCUGGUGGUGUUUAUUGUCCAUUAUCACCUCGAGAUCCACAUCAUCGUUUACAUGCACUCACACAACAAACUGAAAGUCGUCUUGUUCUUGUUCACCAUUUAACUACGAGCAAAUUCAAUCAUGAUAUCGUUUCACUUAAUAUUGAUUCAGUAUUGACCAUUAAUUAUAUGGAAAAGAAUAUUGAUAUUGAUCAAUUAUCAAGUAUUAAAGUUACAGUCGAUUAUCUAGCUUAUAUCAUUUUCACAAGCGGUUCGACCGGAAUACCUAAAGCGGUUCAAGUACGGCACAAGAAUUUUAUUGAAUUCAUGUGUUCGUUAGCUUAUGGUGAUGUGGUGAAUGAAAGGGAUACAAUUCUUCAAAUCGCACGUUGUUCUUUUGAUGUUCAUGUCCAAGAUAUAAUGGGCACUUUUAUGAUUGGAAGUAGUCUAAUUAUGUUGCAUCCAAGAGGAAUCAUGGACUUUGACUAUCUUGCUCGUGUUUUCAAAGAAAAGACUAUUACUUGUAUUACUACUGUUCCAACUAUAAUUCAUAAUUUUUUCACUUUUCUGCUACAACGAAAUCAUCAUAAUGUUGCACAGUACCUGCGAUCAGUUUGUAGUGGUGGUGAGCCUUGUUCAAUACAACUAAUCAAUUUAAUGUCAAAUACUGUAACGCACACUUGUCGUUUAUGGAAUUUGUAUGGUCCAGCUGAAACAACAGUUGAUUGCACGUUUCAUGUAAUCGAUAACGCAACGGAUACUGAAAGCUUUCCAAUAGGCAGACCACUUUUAAAAUACCAAAAUCUAGUUUUAGAUCAAUUCUUACAAAGUGUGUUUACUAACCAAGAAGGUGAACUAUUUGUAGGAGGUGUUGGUGUGUUUGCUGGUUAUGUUGGUCGUCAUGAUUUAACUGCAAAAGCUCUUCUUGAAAUAGAUGAUGAACUAUUUUAUCGAACAGGUGAUCUUGUUAGAAUGGAUAAGAAUGGUCUUCUUCAUUAUCAAGGAAGAAGAGAUCAUCAGGUGAAAUUACAUGGACAAAGAAUUGAACUUGGUGAAAUCGAACGAUGUUUACUUAGUAUUACAUCUAUUUUUGCUUGUGUUGUUAUGAAAUGGAAUGAUGAUUACUUAGUUGCUUAUGUUCAGUCUUCUCAUACCAACGAAGAAGAACUAAGUCAACGUUGUCAAUCUCAUCUUCCACCACACAUGGUUCCAUCCAUAUUCAUCAUACUUGAUAAACUACCUUUGAAUUCAAAUGGAAAAAUAGAUCGAAAACUUCUACCGCCACCUGAUUUUUCAUUGUCAGCCGAUAAUAUUGAUGGUAAUGUGCCGCGUACCACUCUUGAACAACAAUUACAAGAUAUAUUCAGUGAAGCUUUCCAUAUUGAAUCUCCUUGUAUUGAAGUUUCUUUUGGUCAACUUGGUGUAACAUCACUCGGUGCUGUCCUAGCACUUACAUUGAUUCGUCAAAAGGUCUCGAAUAAAGUUGACAUUGGUCUUUUAUUUACUAAUCCAUCUAUUCGACAAUUGGCUAUAGCAAUAGAACCUUUAUUAGUUUUCGAAGAACUACAAGAGACAGUGUUCACAACCAAUCAAUCUCAUGAAACACAUGUUCGUUUUUCACCUUCGUUUGUCAUCGAAUCUGUUGGUAUUGUAUUUCUCGUCUGUCAAUGGUUAUGUCCAAUUAUAAUGAUUCAUCGAUGGUGUCCAUUAUUUUUUCCAAUUUUACCAGCAUUUCAUCUUUUAUUCUACGUCAUCUGCUCACGUCUAUUCUCACCAUGCUACAUCAAAACUGAUAAUCUUUUCUCUUGGAAUUAUUAUCGAUUGUGGUUUUUAGAUCGCCUAUGGAAUAAUAAUACAUUUUGGUUGAAGCAUAUACUUGGCACACCACUCUACAAUUAUUAUCUUCGUCUUUGUGGUGCACGAAUUAGUCUUAAUACACAUAUUUAUACCACAGCUAUUGAUGCUCCAUGGUUGUUAGAAACUAAUGAUGAAAGCUGGAUUGCUAAUGAAACGUAUUUGAAUUGUCUAUAUUUUAAUGAUGAUAACACUUUCAAACUGAGUCCGAUUAGAAUUGGAUCUAAUUGCUCAAUCGGUACCCGAUCGAUUCUAUUUGAUGGAGUUGAUAUGCAAAAUAAUAUUAUUGUUCAACCAAUGUCAUCGGUCACUGGCUUCAUCGCAUCUCAAACGAUUAUCGAUGGUGAUCAACACAAAUCUGUUCCGUCAGACACGUCCAAUAUGCAUAGUAACAGAUCAUUAUCCAUAUGGCAUAAGAUAUAUCAAAUGAUUGCACUUUUCUCAAUCAUCGGUUUCCAUUGUACACUUUUGAUGAUAGUCUAUAAAGUUUAUUCAAUGAGACAAAUACCACUACUAAUCAGUAUUGCUUUUUGCUGGACUUUAUGGUCAAUUAUUGGUUGUUUUAUUUCGCUUCUCUUGUUGAAAUUUAUAGUGGGACCCUGUGCUGCUGGUGAAAUAUAUCCGAUAGCAUCUAGAUUAUAUCUACAAAAAAUAUGGCUUCGUCAAUUAGUUGUAUCUAGUUUUCAUCAUGCUUGGCUAUUAACAACUAGCUACGAUUAUCUCUAUCCUUAUGUUCUUCGUUGGCUAGGUGCUCAUAUCAAAGAAAAUGUCAAAAUCGCUGAGAUAGAUACUUUUCUGUCCUGUCCAACAAAUCUGUUAAAAGUCGAAAUAGGUGUUACUACUUUUGGUGGAGUUUCAAUAGUUCCUACUGAAUUGACACUCUCAGGUGAUCAUCGUGUGGAUCAAACUAUGCUUGGAUCUCAUACAAAUCUUGCCAAUGGAUGUUCAAUCUUGCCUGGUACUUGCCUUGCAUCUGAGACAAUGAUUGGCAAUUUAACACGCAUCGCACGAGAGACAAAAAGCAAUUACGGGGAAGUUCUCAUGGGUGUUCCAGCUCGUACAAUGCCAUUUCAAAUGCCUGUAACGCCAAAAAACCAAGAUCAGAUCAAAAUCAUACCAUUUUGGCAUUCAUGCUUGUCUCAUUAUGUCAGCAAAUGUCUUUUAUUAAGCAUUUAUUCGUUUGGUGGUCUCGUUGGUGGAUCAAUCAUUCAUACAAUGCUUGUGUGUGGCCUCUAUCGAUGUCGUUCAUAUAUACGUUAUCAAAUUAUAGAACAAAUAAUAGCAAGAGUGAGUCAAGAUUAUGCACAAUUUAUUUGUCCAUUUCUUGGUAAUACACAAUGGCUCAUUCGACUAUUUCGAGCAUACGGUGCUCACAUUGGUGAGAAUACUAUAAUGCCAGAUAUAUCCAGUAUUACUGAUUAUCAUUUGAUGGCUAUUGGAGAUAACGUUCGACUUAAUGUGGGUACACAGAUACAGGGUCACAGUUUCGAACAACGUAUUUUAAAACUAGCUCCUGUAUCAAUCGGUAAUUCAUGUGUACUCAUGAGUGGCUCAAUUGUAAUGGCAGGCUGCAAAUUGAUGGGUAACAAUCGUCUUUAUCCCGGGACACUGAUAAUGAAAAAUGAUCAGUUACCACUGAAUACUCAUUGGAAAGGGAUUCCUGCACAAUCUUACACAGUAAAAGCAAAAUUAUCUCGGCCGACAAUAGUUCAUGACGGCCUAGUAAAAUAUCAACAAGGAUACGACACCAUUAAUAAAUUGUUUCUCUGGUACGAACGAAUUGCAAGCGUCUAUACGAGUAUAAAUGAAUUACAAUUUAUGAACUAUGGCUAUGCAGAUGUGGAUGAAUAUAUUGAUGAUCAUACUGGCUAUUAUUCAAGAAAGCUUUAUGAACAGGUUCUUGCAAAUGUGACAUUAACAGAUCAGAAUGUCCUUGAAAUCAACUGUGGUAGAGGUGCUGGUGCUGCAUGGUGUGUUCAUACUCAUGCAUUUCACUCUUACAUUGGAAUAGAUCCUUCUCAAGAUGUCAUUAAUCUAUGUCAACGACUUUAUUCGACAACUCCUCGACUUUCUUUCGUAGUAGCCAAUGCAACAAAACAUUUACCAUUUGAAAAUGAGUCAAUUGAUAUUAUUCUUUGUAUUGAAGCAACAAAUGCUUUUGGGGAACCAGUAGCAAUCGCACAGUUUGUCAAUGAAGUUGUUCGUGUACUUCAUCCAAAUGGAUAUCUUCUAUGGUGUGAUAUUUGUUACAUGAAUGGAUCAGGUAUAUCAGUUUAUGAUUUGAUAGCAAAUGGCGAAUUAAUUAUUGAAGAAAAGAUUAAUAUUACAAGGAAUGUUCUUCAUGCACUUGAUAUUCAAAAUAAGUCUCGUACUGAUUUCAUUCAACGUUAUAUUCAAUCUGAAGAACAAGAAUAUUUUCGUCUGUUUGCUGGAUUACCCGGUACUCAAAUUUAUGAGGACAUGAGACAAGGACGUUCACAAUAUUGGCGAGUUGUAUUUCGAAAGAAGACAAUAACAGAUAUGCCUAUCAUCUGA